AUGCCAAAGGCAGAAGCGGGCUCCGCCAAGGCGGUGGCCAACGCCAUGAAGGCGCGCGGCCUCACCAAGCUGCGCUUCUACUGCCAGGUGUGCUCCAAGCCCUGCCGCGACGCCAACGCCUACAACAACCAUAUCAACUCGGAGGCGCACAUGCGCCGGAUCGAGGCCCUCACGUCGUCGGGCAACCCCAACAAGAUUGUCGACUCGUUCAGCGACGAGUUUCAGCGCGAGUACGUGCGCCUGCUCAGCCGUCGCUUCGGCACGCGGCGGAUCAACGCCAACCAGGUCUACCAGGAGUACAUCGCCGAUCGCCACCACCUGCACAUGAACGCCACCAAGUGGGUGACGCUCUCCGAGUUUGUCAAGCACCUCGGCAGGGAGGGCAUCGUUCACGUCGAGGAGACCGAGCAGGGCUGGUACAUUUCGUGGAUCGACAACUCGCCCGAAGCCCUCGCACGGCAGGAUGCGCUGCAGAAGAUGAACCGCGCCAAGGUCGACGACGAGCAGCGGUCGCGCAAGCUGCUGCAGGAGCAGAUUGAACGCGCAGAGAGGGAAAAGGCGGCCGCCGGAGGCUCCGCGGGCGACGUCGGGCCCAAGGUCGAGGAAGGUCUGAAGCGCGACGGCAACGCCCCGCUCAAGAUUGGCAUCUCGCUCGCGUCGAGCUCCAAGAAGGCGACAGCGGACUGCGAGACUGCCUCGGCCGCCACGGCCGCUUCUUCGUCGUCGGGCUCAGCUGAAGCUCCGGUCGCCGCCUCGCCCUCGGCGACGGCACCUGCUACGUCGGCGGCUUCUGCUUCGGCGACGCCCGCCUUCCGCAUGGGCUUCAACCCGCUCAAGCAGGCCUCCAAGGCAUCCUCGUCGGCACCGGCCGCUGCCGCUGCACCGCGAGCGUUUGGCGUCAACCCUCUCAAAGCCGCCUCGUCCUCCAGCACGGCUGCUGGCGAAAAGAAAAAGUCGAAGCCGCCAAGCUCCAUGACGAUGGCCGAGAAGAUUAUGAUGGAAGACAUGGAGCGCAAGAAGCGCAAGGCCGAGAGCGGCCGCAUCGCCGGACCCACGAUGCAGCAGAACGUCAAGCGCAGCCGCUUCUGA